AUGGAGACGAUUGGAGGCAGUGUCAGGAAGAGAAAAGAUGGGUUUUCAUUGAGAAGUGAAGAUAAUCAAGGAGAGUUGGGUUUCAUUCAGAUUCGAAAAUGCAGAGAAGAGCUUGAGCUUAAGGAUGGAAAUACAGGGGAGAAGAAUCUUAAAAGGAAGAAAAAUGGGAUCCUCUGCAAAAUAGAUUUCCAAAAGGCUUAUGAUAAUGUGUCGUGGGAUUUUCUUGACUACACUCUAAUGUGGAUGGGAUUUGGCAGCCAGUGGAGGAAAUGGAUUAAAGCUUACACCCGUUACGUCAAUUUUUCAAUAUUGAUAAAUGGCUCCUCAAAUGGUAGAUUCGCGAGUUCGAAGGGAUUACGCCAAGGAGACCCUUUAUCUCUUUUUUUUAUUCCUGUUAGUGGCGUAAUCUCUGAAUUUGCUGUUUAA